AUGGACCGAAACUGUUUAGGCUUUUGACAGUUGCGGCAAUGUAUUUUAUUUUACUUUUUUCUAAUUACAUUUCUUAUCUUAGAAGUUAUUUACAGCAUCGGUAGAAAGUAAAGACCGUUACUGCGUUGACUUGAAUGAAUAUUGUUUUAUAAUUGGAAGUGUUCAAGAUGGCCCUAUAACCUUUUACAGUACCAUAGGUUAGUUGUAUACUCAAAUAAAAUAAAAAUAACAAAAGUGGUAAAACCGUUUUGCGGUAUAAAUGAAAGAAUUGAAGACCUGCACCACAGAACUUGGCCAGCUCUGGGGAUUUUGUCAUGGGAACAAAUUAAAUUGGAAUUUCCCGUCGUAACUCGAGGUUGGCAGGCAUGGCCACAGAAGACGGCACAGGCCGUGCAUCCUCGGAUCAUAGGCUCCAGCUACUCCAAGAGAUGCGAGGUCAGAACUUUGACAUGAUAAGAUUUGCUUCUUAUCGCACAGCUUGCAAACUGCGAUUUGUGCAGAAGAAAGUCAAUCUCCAUGCUGUGGAUAUUUGGAAUGUGAUUGAAGCUUUCCGAGAAAAUGGACUGAACACGCUGGAACCUCAAACAGAGGUGAAUGUUUCCCGACUGGAGACUCUGGUGUCCAGUUUAUACCAUAACCUCAAUAAGAGACUUCCAGUGGCUCAGCAGGUUCAUGUGGAGUCCUGUUCAGGCCUCUUGCUCAAUUGGCUACUGGCAGCUUAUUCUGUGGAAAAUGUGGGUAAAAUCCGAGUAUUUUCUAUCAAAGUUGCAUUAGCUACAAUGUGUGCAGGGAAGCUCAUGGAUAAACUAAGGUAUAUAUUCUCUCAGAUAUCUGAUGGGAAUGGUCACAUGGUUGUGUGGAGGUUUGCUGAAUAUCUCCAAGAGGUAUUAGCACUGCCUGCAGCAGUAUAUGAAUCACCGUCAUUCAGUUAUACGGAAGGCCUUGCCACAUCUAUAUUUCCAGGGGGUGGGAAGGUGACAGUCAAUGACUUCAUGGAUACAAUGAUGUCAGAUCCUGGGCCACCUUGCUUGGUAUGGCUCCCGCUGUUACAUCGCCUUGCCAGUGUAGAAACUGUUGUUCAUCCAAUGGCCUGUGAUGCAUGCCAGAAGGAGGGUUUCUCAGGUUUUCGAUACAGAUGCCAGAAGUGUCAUAGUUAUCAGCUAUGUCAAGACUGCUUCUGGCGUGGUCGUGUUUCUGGUCCACAUACAAAUGAACAUGAAGUCAAGGAGUACACAACUUAUAAAUCUCCAAGUAAGCAGAUUGGUCACUCCUUGCGCAAAUCAUUCCGCUGUGUGCCUGAGAAGGGUAAGACAAAUAUCCCACGAUUCCCCGAAGAGCCAGAGAAAACGCUCAAUCUCUCCCAUAUAGUUCCUCCAUCUCCAUUGCCGUCCCAUAACGGUUUUCCCGAGAGUUCCUUUGCUUCACCGUUUGAUGGAGGCUCUAUGGAUAGCCGUUCUACAGGCAGAAGUGGCAUGUGUUCAAGCAGUCCAGGGCGAUACACGUCGAGUCUUGAAUCUACUCGUCUGGAUGAUGAGCACCGACUGAUUGCAAGAUACGCUGCUCGUCUUGCUGCUGAAGCCAGGACAGUGGUGCAACCUCAAGUACAAAGGACAGCGCCAGUACCACAUGUAGUAGGCCGUGCUCCAUCAGAAGGCAGCUUGAGCCUGGAUACAUCACGUGCACAGAGGGAGCUCAUCAGUCAAUUGGAGGCAAAGAACCGGGAGAUAAUGCGCGAGAUAGCAAGGUUAAGACGCCAACAGCAACUGGAGGCAGCAGGCAUUGGUCCAGGGGCAACAGGAGAAGAAAACCCUGCAUUAAUGGCUGAGCUUCGAGCUUUGAGACAGAGAAAAGAUGAAUUGGAGAGCCAUUUGGGUGCACUGCAAGAUUCACGUAGGCAACUCAUGGUUCAGCUGGAAGGCCUCAUGAAGCUGCUCAAGAAUCAUCAAGCUUCCCCAAGAUCUACACCAAACUCAUCACCACGUUCCACAAAGUCUCCUCCACUUCCUCCAGGAGCACCAUCUUCACGCUCAGCACCUCCUACCCCAGGAGGUCAACUUCAGCCAUCAAUGAUGACAUCUUUGGGAACAGGAGCUGACUCAUUGACAGGGGUUGGAGGAGAUGUGAGGUCUGCAUUUGGGACAUCAUCAUCCCUUAUAGGGACAUCUUCAUCUUCACUGACUGGUUCAGGUAGCAAUUCUGCUGCUGGAACAAACAGUAGUGGACGAAGUCUUCGUAAUGAUCUUCUAGUUGCAGCAGACUCUGUGACUACUGCCAUGUCCACGCUGGUACGAGAACUCAAUUCAGAGGGCUCUGAUCAGGAGGAUGCAGAUGAGAACAUCAGAAAACCACUCGAUUUUGAAACAGAGGAUGGAGGAGAGCCUGAUGGACCUGGCACUACUGCUGCUCUUUGGAGAGAGGAAAUCCGUAAACGUUAUGAACAAGAGUCGCAAUUCAUUGCGGAAUUGAGGGCACGCAACCUUGGAAAUGGACAGGAAUUUGAAGAUAAGGGUGCAGAUGGCAAAGCAGUCGAUGAGGCAGAGCUGUAUGACCAUCAAGCACAUUCCAUGAGACAACGAGUGAGUGGGCUCACAGAUGAGGACAGCUACAAAGAUGAUGAAGAUUCUUACGUCCGGACAACUGAUGAUGAUGAAGGAGGUGCCACAGAUUGGGAGGAGGCCAUGAAGAGAUGGGUAAACCGAUAGAAUACAGUGCACAGUUGCCCCCACUGGUGGCAAGGGGGAUGCAGUAAGGGUAGCAAAAAUAUAGCAGGCUCUGCUGAACUACUUUGUAUUGCUUCAUACAUUGCAACAGACCAAGUUUGAUAACCAGAAGAGAGAGACGUAUUGAACUAAUUUUGUACAUCAAUGUUGAGUCUUUCUUUUCGCAUACUGAGCAUGUUUGCUGUGUGAUGUCUCAUCUGACUUGUAUUUUGGACUGAACAUCACAGUGCAGUGCUUAGCACUCUUGGUUAUCAGGCAGUAUAUUUGUAUAAUUUCAGCAUGUCCCUUUUUUCAAAAUUUAGCUGAGAAACAGAUUAUCAUGACUCACUUUUAUAUUCUCCUGCCAGGCACAUUAUGUGUUAAUUCCAUGGGACAUUACUGCUUUCUGUACACAUUUAUACCAAUUCUUUAUUCAUAUUCUUUAUUGUAUUUCUCAUUCAUUGCAGUGUAAUUUGUAGUUAUCAGUCAGGAUCAACUAUCCUUACUGAAAAUUUUUGUAGUUGUCAUUUCGGUCAAAUAUAGGCAUUAAUAGUAUUUUAACAAUUAAGCAUUCAGGGCAAAUAAUUAUUAUAGUUAUAUGUGUUUAUGCUGCACAUGAAGCUAUAAUAUGUAAAUAAAUUAAUUUGCAAGUCAUAUGAAAGGAA